AGGAGGUGAAAGUCUGAAUAAGAAAGCGGCUCCUCCCGCUUCCUCGAGCUGCCUGCAGACCGGACAGCAGCGGCGGCAACAGCAGGAAAAUCACGUCCCUGCUCUGGAUUUAACUCAGUGUGAAUGACCGAGACUUCACCGUGACUUCAGCUGCACCGAUCCGAGCCGAACCGAACCGAACCGACAGACAUGCUCUCCCCGGGACUCUCCGUGUCUCUGCUGGCCGUGUCCUGCGCGCUGUGGCCGGCUGCGGUCCGGGCGGCGUCCUGCGAGCCGGUGCGGAUCCCGCUGUGCCGGUCCAUGCCGUGGAACAUGACCAAGAUGCCGAACCACCUCCACCACAGCACGCAGGACAACGCGGUGCUGGCCAUCGAGCAGUUUGAAGGGCUGCUGGGUACUGGCUGCAGUCCGGAUUUGCUCUUCUUCCUGUGUGCCAUGUACGCCCCCAUCUGCACCAUCGACUUCCAGCACGAGCCCAUCAAACCCUGCAAGGCGGUGUGCGAGCGGGCGAAGUACGGCUGCGAGCCGGUGAUGAAGCGCUACAACCACAGCUGGCCCGACAGCCUGGCCUGCAGCGAGCUGCCGCUGUACGACCGCGGCGUCUGCAUCUCGCCUGAGGCCAUCGUCAAGGCAGAGGGACCAGAUCCGUACUACCAGGACCCAGCCAGGUGUAAUCCAGAAUCCAGUCCAGACUUCCCAAUGGAUUCCAACAACUUCCACUGCAGAGGACCCAACGGAGAUCGCUGUAAAUGUAAGCCGGUCCGAAUGGUUUUGAAAACCUACGAGAGGAACAACUACAACUACGUGAUCAGGGCGAGGGUGCGGGAGGUGAGGAAUCGCGGCCUGGAGCCCACGGCGGUGGUGGACGUGAAGGAGGUGCUCAAGUCUUCCCUCGUCAACAUUCCCAAGGAGACGCAGACGCUCUACUACUCGUCCUCCUGCCUGUGUCCUCCUCUGACUCCGGGGGAUGAGUACCUCAUCAUGGGCUACGAGAACGAGGAGACGUCCCGGUUGCUUCUGAUUGACGGCUCCAUUGCUCAGAGGUGGAAGGACAAAAUGGGCAGGAAGGUCAAGAGAUGGGAUAAGAUCCUGCAGGGGAAAGCCCAAGGGAGUCAGCGCAGCCGGACUGGCCACUGAGAUCUGACUGUGUGUGUGUGUGUGUGUGUGUGUGUGUGUGUGUGUUGUGUGUGUGUGUGUGUGUGUGUGUGUGUGCGCGCACGUGUGUGUGUGUGCAUGUGUGUGUGUGUGUGUGUGUGUGUAGAUAUUGCACUAUCACAGGCUGUUGUAGCUGAAUGUAGUUCAUCUCUUCAUCUGUCAGACUGCUGGAGUCUGAUUUUUGUCAUUUAUUUUCUUUGCACAAACAUUAUUUAGUGUGCGUUUAGAGUGUGUGUUUGUCAGUGUGUGUGUGUGUGUGUUUGUGAAUGUGUGUGUGCGUGUGUGUGUACACCUAAAGCACUCAAUAAAGACGUAUGUUUGUAAGCUGUAGUACUAAACCUACGCACAGCCCUACAGUCUGUACAUGACACUUUUUUGGAACAAAUUUCUCCACAGCUCCUCUCCAUGGUCACAGUCUUUAAUAAUAAUCCUGGAUGUUGGCCAUGUCACCAUGGCGAUGGGAUGGAGGACAUUUAAAUGAUGAGAAAGCCAUUUGGACUUCGACAUUUGGACUAUGAUCGGUCUGUAGCCACGACCGGAACUUUACUGAACUCUGCAGAAAGGAAGGAAAGAAGAUUAUUCACGCUGUGUUCAGGCAGCAGCAGAGAGUUCACUGGAUUACUGGACGGGCCAGAGCGUCUGUUUGAAGAGACUGUUAACAUUUCUCAAUCAUAGAGCUACAAAGAGACACAUAAAGACGAUAAAGAGACACAAAAAAUACUAUACAUACUACAAUACUACUACAAAGAGACUCAAAAGUACAUUAAAGACACACAAAAUGACUGCAAAGAUGCAUUAAAUGACCACAAAAAGGCACCAAACAGCCACAUAGACUCACAAACCGACUACAAACCAUAAAGAAAUGACUACCAAGAUACACAAAACUACCACGAAGACUCAUAAAAUGAUCACAAACAGCCAAAAAUCACAUUAAAAUAAAAUAAUAAAUAAAUAAAACUACCACAGAAAAACAGCAGCAGCUCAUCUGGUCUCAAUAGGUGACGACAACAGGAAACAACAAACUGUUUGUCUUUAUUUCUUGUUUAGGUAAAUGUGAACGAGAGGAGUUUGGAGUGUGACCCUGGAAUAAUGAUCAGUGUUUGACCAUGAUCAGUUAUUGCUUUGAUUCAUGUUAAAAGAGGUGGAAUAUGAUCAAUAACAAAAAUUUACAUUUUAAGGCCUUUUAAUAUUUUUAUAACUAUAAUUUAAAUUUAGUUUUUUUUUAUGCAUAACUUAAAAUGACACACUCCAGACUCCAGAUUACUGUAUUAUGUGAACUGAUCACUUUUAGAGCUGCAACCAUUAAUUGAUUAGAGAAUCGAGAGUAAAAUAAUUGUCAACUGUUUUUGUUAAUCGAUUGAUCGUUUCUUUACAUUUCGGUUGACGAAAACAAACGAUCUGAUGAAUAUCACCUCUGGCUUCAGAAAAGUGUUCAGACACGUCUGUGACAGUUCAGUGAUUAAUCAAUAACUAUCGAUCAGGUUAAUUGAUAAAGGAAAUAAUCAGUAGUUGCAGCUCUGCUCACUUCAAUCAGCGUUAAUCUUUUUUUUUUUUUUACUUUUUGACUUUGACUGUCAUGUGACGUACAGAUGAUCCGCAGGGAAGUGGAAUUUAAAACCCGCUACUUGUUGAUUGAUGUGAUGUAUUUCCUAUUUCCUGUUCCUGUAUUUAUGAACAUUCGCUCUGUUUCCCAUUCGCUUCUGUUGAAACCUGCAACACAGGCGACUUCAGGCCUGUGUUUCCACCUCUGGGCGUGAUCACAGAGGUCAGAGGUCACCUUCGUUCAUCUUUGAUUGUGCAGAUUUGGACAAGUCCGACAGCAGAAAUAGGACAUGAUUAAGUUAUUUACUCCACCGUCUUCACCACGACACUAGACCACAAACUGUAGCGUCACUCUGAUCAGUAUGUCUUGAUGAGCGGAGGACGAAUGUGACUGUACCUGAACACGAGGGGAAGUCUGGUUCUGUGUUUUGUUGGUGAAGGUGAAGACCAGCUGGUUUCUGAGACGCUCUGGCGUCCCCGUGAACCUGAGUCAUCACAUCACAUGGCAGCCAGCUGGUCUUCAGCCUCACGAACGCUCCGGGAACCGUCCAUUAAACUCUGCCGUCAGGAUCAACAUUCAUAUUGCAGACAGGAAAGUUAUUUAAAGGCCUUUUUCACAGCUGACGUGUCGUCAUUGUGUCACUGAGCGUGCACAGUACCGGGACCCUGAGACUGAAGCAGCUAAAUUGAAUCCAGGCAUCAUUUGUUUUAUUGUUUACACCUGUGGUUUACCUACAUGUGACACGUCAACAAAGACUUAAGGUCCUUCCUCCUCGGACGAGCUGCAGACUGAGUCCCUGCUGUCUGAACACAGCCUCUGAUUAACAGUACUCUCAUUAUCGCACCGUAUCUCUGUUCAUGUAAACACACUAACACUCAAUACUACACUACUUUUACCAGUAAACUAUACUAACACUCUGAUAUUGUGAACUCUGGACUUCACAGCAGUUUGAACCAUUAAACAUGAAUUUUAGAAAA